AUGGACAUGCUGUAUAGCAAGUUGCUAGCUACAUUUGAUAAACAAUGGCUCGAGGCGUUUCCUUUUCAUUUUCUGGUUUGGAACAACCAAUACCUUGAGCUUGAACGGCAACUACAGAAAAACGAGGAGAAUGUGGAUAGCUUGGUCCGGCGGGGGCGCACCCGGCUAGAGCUGGCUGUGUGUCUGGGCCACCUGGAAUCAACGCGUGUGCUGCUCAGACACUCUGCAGACCCGACGCACUGCAACGCGCAGAGCUGGACUGUGUUGCAGGAGGCAGUGAGCACAGGGGACCCUGAGCUUUGUCAGCUGGUGCUGCAGUAUAGAGACUUCAAGCGAGCCACAUAGCGACUGACUGGCAUCCCAGAACUGCUCAGCAAGCUAAGACGGGCCCAGGAUUUUUACGUGGAGAUGAAAUGGGAGUUCACCAGUUGGGUGCCCCUGGUCUCCAAGGUGUGUCCCAGUGAUGUGUACCGAGUGUGGAAGAGUGGCUCGUGUCUACGGGUGGACACCACUCUACUGGGCUUUGAGCACAUGACCUGGCUCAAGGGCCGUCGCAGCUACAUUUUUAAGGGCGAAGAGAAUGGUGCUGUGGUGAUGGAGGUGGACCAUGACAAGCAGGUGGUGUACACAGAGCCUCUGUCUCUCUCCCUGCGGGACGCCCCAUCUCUCCUGGCUGCCAUGCUGCCCACCCAGGAGAACACCGCCCAGAGACUCACCUCCCCUAUCGUCUCCACACACCUCAACACACGCAACAUCGCCUUCGAGAGGAACAAGUCUGGUAUUUGGGGCUGGCGCUCUGAGAAGAGUGAGGCAGUCAGUGGCUACGAAGCAAAGAUAUACAGCGCCACUAAUGUGGAGCUGGUGACUCGAUCAAGAACAGAGCACCUGUCGGACCAGGACAAGUCAAAGAGCAAAGGCACCAAGACUCCUCUUCAGUCCUUCCUGGGGAUAGCUGAGCAGCAUACCGCUCAUAAUGGGAGUAAUGUUUCUCAGUGUGCCAGCCCCCAUAACCCCACGGCCAUCACAGCUGAGGAAUACUUUGACCCAGAGUUCCAACUCAACGAACGAGACAUCGGACGCCCCGUGGAGCUCACCAGCAAAGUCCAGAGGUUUAAGGCCCAUCUGUGGUUGAGUGAGGCUCACCCUCUGUCAUUGGCUAAGCAGGUCACACCUAUCAUUGACCUCAUGGCCAUCACCAAUUCCCAUUUUGCCAAACUACGUGACUUCAUCACCCUGAGCCUGCCCCCCGGCUUCCCGGUCAAAAUAGAGAUCCCUCUGCUCCAUGUGUUGAAUGCCAGAGUGACCUUCAGUAACCUGUGUGGCUGUGAUGAGCCUGUCAGCUCUGUCACUCUGCACACACCUGAGGAGGACCCCGAGGCUGGGCAGGCCCCACCUCCCUUUCACUGCGAGGUUGACCCCACCGUAUUCGAACCACCCCUGGACUACACCACACUUGGUCCGGGCCGCAGCGAGCCAAUGAGAGACGAGGACGAUAACUUGCUGCAGUUUGCCAUCCAGCAGAGCCUAUUGGACGCAGGGACAGAGAGCGACCAGGUGACUAUAUGGGAGGCUCUGACUAACAGUCGUCCUGUUUCUGGGCACAUACCGUCACCCCUGUACGAGGAUGACUCUCAGCUGGAGAGGGCCAUCCAGGAGUCCCUGUCGAUCUCAUUGGCUGGUGGUGAGGAAGGAGAGCCUGCAGAUCCUGCCCCUCCCCUGUCAGUCUCGCCGUCGCACCCCGGAGCCUACUCCCCUCCCUCCUACAGCUCAGUGGCUAAGCCGCGGUUGCCGGUGCCAUUUUCCGUGGCAAACAGCUUUGACGAGCAGCUACGCAUCGCCAUGGAACUCUCGUGUAGGGAACAGGAAGAGAUGGACCGGUUACAGGGUGAGGAAGAGGAGGAGCUGGAGAGGAUCCUUCAGCUGUCACUUUUAGAGAAGUAGCCACGUGUCUUAAUUGGGGAACAAACAUGUUAAUGUAUUGUUUUUGUUUUUUUAUCCUGCAAUGUUAAAUUAUUAUAAUGUAAUUGUUAUUUUAUGAUGUCUUAAUAAUGGGGCACUGAGAGAGUAUAGGACCAGACUGCAGGGAGGGAGGUUAGGAUGUAGGGAGUUAGAGAUGGUACUUUCCUCAAGGUGGGUAAAAGCAAUAUGGUAGAAACGAUAGUUACCGGAGUGUAACUCCAGUUCUAUGAGUGGAGCGGAGCCCCAUAGGGGAGCUCUGCUCCUAU